UCAGAAACCUCUGUGAACAGAACUCCUCCCUCCACAUCCAACACCAUGACCAACUCCUGCUGCUCCCCUUGCUGCCAGCCCACCUGCUGCAGGACCACCUGCUGCAGGACCACCUGCUGGAGACCAAGCUGUGUGACCAGCUGUUGCCAGCCCUGCUGUCAGCCCAGCUGCUGUGGCUCUAGCUCCUGUGGCUCCAGCUGCUGCCAGCCCUGUUGUCAAACCACCUGCUGCAGGACCUGCUUCCAACCAAGCUGUGUGACCAGCUGCUGCCGCACACCCUGCUGCCAGCCCUGCUGCUGUGUGUCCAGCUGCUGUCAGCCCUGCUGCCAGCCCAGCUGCUGUCAGUCCAGCUGCUGCCAGCCCAGGUGCUGUGAGUCCAGUUGCUGUGAGUCCAGCUGCUGCCAGCCCAGGUGCUGUAUCUCCAGCUGCUGCCAGCCCUGCUGCCAGCCCAGCUGCUGUCAGUCCAGCUGCUGCAAGCCCUGCUGCCAGCCUUUCUGCCUCAACCUGUGCUGCCAGCCAGCCUGCUCUGGACCUGUGACCUGCACCCGGACCUGCUACCAGCCCACCUGUGUCUGUGUGCCUGGCUGCCUCUCCCAAGGCUGUGGGUCCAGCUGCUCCCAGUCUUGCUGCUGAUAACUAUAUCUCCUGUCACGUGCUAGCUUGCCAUCAUCUAACCAAACUCCCCCGACACACUAAUCCUGUGUGCCUUGCCAUCACUAACUAUCAAUGGGUCAUUUUCUUGUAAAUGAUUGUAUCUGCUAGACAAGAGAGCCUGCUCCUCUCAUUACUCAGCACUUAACCUCUUCGUCCAUUUAACCUUCUCUUGAGCUUCAGUUAUGGUCUCAGAUUCAGAAAAGAAGCUUCAUUCUUUCUCUUCAAGGAACUUAAAGCAACCCUUCAUUCUUAACCUUUCUGUGAUAAUUAUUUCAUUUCUUAAUUCACUCCUCUUCUCGUCACUAUUGGGCUCACUUUAAGUUGUCUUGUGGGUUCCAAGUGUUCUAAAUAAAAUCUGCAUUUAUU